GGCCGGAAGUCGCUGAGUACAGAUGCGGUUCGGGAAGAGCGCUUGGUUUCGGGAGCCUUUUUUGGGUUCACGGUUCAGGAGUUUGUCUUUAGAAUUAACUUUUUUCUUUUUGAGUCUUCGGAAAAACAAAUUUCGCCGCGUGUCAGGAGCUUGAGGCUCUCCUUUUUUUGUUUUGUUUUGUUUUUUUCUCGAGACGGGGUUUCUCUGUGUAGCCCUGGCUGUCCUGGAACUCACUCUGUAGACCAGGCUGGCCUCGAACUCAGAAAUCCGCCUGCCUCUGCCUCCCAAGUGCUGGGAUUAAAGGCGAGCGCCACCACUGCCCGGCUUGAGGCUCUCUUCUUACACCCACUUAACCGGGUGGGUUGAUCCUUGUGUCAAGACUUGUGUGAGACAGCUCGCCUUUUAGCCGUGCCUGGCUUUAGUUCUGUUCGUUGGGGGACACCGAUCCCCGGACGACCUUCCCUCCGAGACUCCAGACACCAUCCCCAUUGGGUCUCUGUCCCCGGGGGGAGCCCAGCCCCCCGGGUGCGACUAGGAAUGAAGCUGGACAGCGCCGAAGAGAAGUCUGGGGUCGGCGGCUCCCUGCCUGCAGAGGAGUCUCCCCCAGCCCUCGAACCAGCCUUCUCCAAGCUUCUGCACCGUCUCAGCCGCAAAGAGGCAUCGGGACAGGGCAGCGCCAGAAAUGCCGCUCUUAAAGACCUCGACGCUUUAAUAGAAGCCGCCGAAGGUGACAGAUUCUUUGAGGGGAGUGGCAGUGAGGGAUCCCUCCGGGGGAUGCCCGAGAUCCUGGGGCAGGUGGUGAGGGCCCUGGAGACGUACGCAGCACCCAAGGAGAAGGCGGAUGGCGUCGAAGAGCAUCCCGAAGUGCCCGAGAAGGCGACUGAAGUUGGCUCACUGGUUCUAAAGCUGUUGGGGAAGGUCGAAGCUGCCAAGGGUUCUCCCGACUGCCCAGCGUGGAAGACAGGCCUCCGUCACAUGUCAGGACCCGUGUAUAUUUUUGCCAUCACACACAGAUUGAAGCAGCCAUGGACCAGUCCAGCAUCGCAGCAUGUUGCUGGUGAAGUGCUGUCUUUAUUGCUUAGAGUUACUGAGUGUAGUUCUGUGGCGGGAUUCCUGUGCGGAGAAAAUGAAGACGAUCGAGGGAGAUUUGCUGUGGUCUUGGGGCUUCUUAAGCCCCAUUUGAAUAAGGAAACCUGGAAGAAGAAUCCUGCUGUCAAACAUGUUUUCUCGUGGACUCUCCGACAAGUCACUCAGCCCUGGCUGAGUCCGCAUCUAGAAAAGAUACUUCCCCCGUCUUUGCUCAUCUCGGAUGACUAUCAGACGGAGAAUAAAGUCCUGGGUGUCCAGUGCCUCCAUCACAUUGUGGUUAAUGUGCCAGCUGCGGAUCUGCUGCAGUACAACAGGGCCCAGGUCCUGUACCACGCCCUCUUCAAUCACCUGUACAUGCCCGAGCACCACCUCAUUCAGGCUGUGCUCCUGUGCCUCUUAGACUUAUUCCCUGUCCUAGAGAAGGCUCUGCACUGGAAGGGAGAUACCACUCGAGUCACUACACACUGUCAUGAGGUGCUACAGCUGAUCCUCACCCACAUGGAGCCAGAGCACCGCCUCCUCCUACGGAGGACCUAUGCCAGACACCUGCCAGCGUUCGUGAAGAGGUUGGGGAUUCUAACUGUCCGGCACUUGAAGAGGCUGGAUCAAGUUAUCCUUGGUUAUCUGGAGGUUUAUGAUGAACCAGAAGAUGAAACUAGGUUGAAGAUACUGGAAACCCUGAAACUUGUCAUGCAGUAUACUUGGCCCAGAAUUUCCUGCAGAGUUGUGGUCUUACUGAAGGCUCUCCUGAAACUAAUAUGUGAUCUAUCGAGGGAUACGAUUCCUACAACUGAGGCCGCUAAGAGUGCAGUGCUCCAGGAAGCCACAGACUGCCUGAUUCUCCUGGACCAUUGUUCUCAGGGGCAGGUGAAGGGUCUUCUGGCUAAAAUUGUGCUCUCCUGUGAAGACAGCACAGUGGUGAGCUGCAUCAGGAAGGUGCAGCAGGGCUCUGCAGAUUCUCCUGGCGAUGACACUGAAGAUGGCUAACCAGCACAAGAGGCUGCUCUCCUUAUCCCAGGUCAUAUGGAGAGUUAUGGGGGGCAAAAAAAAAAAAUCUAUUUUUCUACUAAAAUAUUGUAAGUUGAAA